AGCUCCAGGUUAACAUGUAUAUGUUAAUGAGGUUAUUUUGAAUAAAGCUUUGGAUUUGAAAGACGCGUGGGUGUUUGUUAUUAGUUCGUCGUUUGUUGUUGUCAGAGCAAGCGUAGAAAAGAAGUAGCCUUACGUCGCCAGAUAUUGUUUUGAUACCCAGGCAUCUAACGUUAGCUUAAUUUUUGUAUAAUUAUUGUCGUUACGGGUAUCGAAUAAUCCCUGGAUACAAUGGCAGAAAGCGACUGGGACACCGUUACUGUCUUGAGGAAGAAGGGUCCGACUGCUGCGCAGGCCAAAUCUAAGCAGGCUAUCACAGCUGCACAGAGACGUGGAGAAGACCUCGAGACUACUAAGAAAUGGUCUGCAGGGCAGAACAAGCAGCACCUGAUGACCAAGAACACAGCCAAGCUGGACCGUGAGACGGAGGAGCUGCAGCACCAGCGGGUCUCCCUGGAGGUGGGCAAGGUCAUCCAGCAGGGCCGCCAGAACAAGGGCCUCACCCAGAAAGACCUGGCCACUAAAAUCAAUGAGAAGCCUCAGGUCAUUGCAGAUUAUGAGUGUGGGAAAGCAAUUCCCAACAAUCAGGUCAUGGGCAAGAUUGAGAGAGCAAUCGGUUUGAAACUGCGCGGGAAAGAUAUUGGACUGCCCCUGGAGGCAAAACCCAAGAAGAAAUGAGGACAAAGCCUCGAAAUCAGCCCCCCUUACCCAUGUCCCCCAUCUCUAUCCCCACCUUCCUACUCCCGCAAUGACUCUGCCUCCCUCACCCUUCCAACCACCCCUCUCUCUUCUCCACCCCCCUCCUCUACCUGGGCUGAUCUCCACCUGUCCUGCUACAGGACCUGGUGAUCCACCACGUUACAAGUUGCAUAUACUGACAAAUCAUCACAGAAGACUUAUAAACAAUGCAAACAUUUCAAACCAAAAGUGCUGUGAAAUGUAUACUUUUUUUUUUUUGUUCGCUACUGCUUUGGCAUGAACUUAUUUUUAGAUGGUUGAAACAGACAAGGUGAAUUUUACCAUGGCAAUGUGCAUUGAUUUGACUUUUUCUCGGAGCAUGUUCUUUAUCCAUUUCGUAAGUGCUUGAUUGCGGCCUUUUCACACAUUGUAUAUUGGGUCAUUACAAUAUGAACAUGUCCUCCUGCUGUAGCUUGGUUUUGAUCUUCAAAUAAAGUUUGACAGUUUA